GCUGCUACUCUCAUUCCCUUUUCCCUCCCAAUUCUCUCUCCUACUGUUAACGCUCUCCCUCCGGCCACGUUCUGGCUGCGUCUCAACAAUCUCUCACGCCGUCGUCGGUUUUCUCCGGCCACGGCUGCUUCAAGCGGAUGACGACCACGGAGUCCGAUCUCGAUAACGACUUUCCUAAUCUCGACGAGCUCCGGUAUCUGAACCUCGCCGGAACCGAUGUCUUCGCCGCUUUCCAAAAUCUAUUACCGUAGUUUUACCUCCGCCAGCAGAUUAACAAAAAACACUGUGGAAAAGCUUUCUAUAAAGUGACGAGGCAAUUACCAAAAACAAAUGUACCAUAAAAGUGAGAAAGCAAACAACAGCAAUAACACGAAACUGUUUUUAAUCCAAAUGCGGAUGCCAUGACUUCAUUUUCAACUUGUGGACUGACAGAUCCUUUUUCUUCCCAAAACCUCACUCCCAAGCAUUCCACCAUCACUGCUACAAUCGAUUCUCGGUCUUCCAUUUGUGGCACUGCUAAUGUUGGUAGUCCAGUGUCAGCUAAUAAACCAGAGGGCUGGAAGAAUCAUACGAAAGGAGCCACAAGUGGUUCUUCUGAGCCAUCUGAUGAAGAUGGUCCUUGUGAACAGAGCACGAAUUCAGUUGAAUUGAAACGUCUUAGAAGGAAGGUUUCUAAUCGCAAUUCUGCCAGAAGGUCAAGAAGAAGAAAACAGGCGCAGUUGGCUGACCUAGAGUUGCAGGUUGAAAAACUGAAAGUGGAAAACGCAACCCUAUACAAGCAGUUCAAUGAUGCUAGUCAACAUUUUCGUGAGGCUGACACGAAUAACCGGGUGCUGAAAUCAGACGUAGAAGCUUUGAGAGCUAAGGUGAAGUUAGCAGAGGACAUGGUGACUAGAGGCUCUUUCACUACGUUAAACAAUCAGCUUCUUCCCACACAGUGUCAAGUGAACACACCCCCGCCACUGAAUACGACCAAUCUCCGCCGCAUGGCGCAUGUUUCGCCAACCAUCACUGUGCAUGGAAAUGAUGGCUCAUACAACGAUGCCACAGUUUGUGUACAGAAUUCAGACCUUGGAAACUUGGACAUGAAUUUCAACGACAUGAACAAUGUGAACGGAGUUAUGAGCGAUGGCAUGAGUUGUGGGAGUAUUUGGCCACCUUUUUAGACUCUUUAGUAUCCUCCGAGUAGAUUCACCUCUAUGAUUUGCGUCUUGUCUUGUUAGAUUAGUAGGGUAUGUUAUUGUGUCUUUGCUUUGUUUCUGUCCAAUGAUGCCUGUUUAAAAUGGUGUCUUUCUUUCUUUUUCCUGUUGUUGUAUCUAGUUUUGUAUAAAAGGAUUUGGUUGCUUUAUCCAUUUUCUCUUGUUGUAAUUGUAUAAAAACAAAUAUCUCACUUUGCUGUCAUCCAAUAGACCACAUAUUAAUCCCAUCUGAUAAGGAAGGAAUAUGUUCCUUGGCAACACCA